AUGGCACCCAAGGGCAAGAAGGGAAAGAAGGGCAACGACGACUGGGACGAUGGUCUCGGUGAGAGCGCAGACCCGAUAGCCCAAGCAGAGGCUGAGGCUAAGGCUGCUGAUGCUGCCAAGGAUGCCGAAGAAGAUGAGGGAGCUGGCGGCGGCGGCGGCCUGAUGGCUGCGCUGAAGAAGAACAAGGAGAAGCGUAAGAAGAAGGGAAAGGCCGUUGACAACGACUAUCUCGAGGGCGAGGAUCCUACUGAGGAUGGUGCCAACGGGACUCCUGCCGAACCAGUCGUGGACUUGGCCGCUAAGGCACCGGAAGAGGCGACCAUGGACGAUGAAGAUGAUGUGUUCGGCCAGCCUGCUAAGGGAAAGAAGGGUAAAGGUGGUAAGGGCGGACAGCAGCAGGCUAAGAUGGCUGCCGAGGCCGAGGAUGAAGAUGAAGAUGGAGAAGAGGGUGGUGGCGUUAAGACGAAGGCCCAGAAGGAGAAGGAGAAGAAGGAGCGCGAGAAACAGCGGAAGAAGGAGCAGGCCGCUGCAAAGAAGAAGACGACCGCGCCAGCUGCGCAGCCAAAGCAGGAGGCUGCCAAGCCUGUUGAAGUUGAAGCCGCGCCGGCCGCACCAGCUCCUGAACCAGCUGGUGGCAAGAAGAAGAAGCUGAACCCUGCACUUCGAGCACUUCAGGAACAGCAGGAGAGGCUCCGACAACAGCAGGAAGAGGAUGCCCGGACCAAGGCUGAAGCUGCUGCGAAGGAAGAAGAGCAGCGCAGGCUGGAAGAGGAAGAAGAGAAAAAGAGAGAAGAGGCCAAGGCAACGAAAAAGGCCAAAGAGAAGGCCAAGAUUGAGCAGCAGAAGCGUGAGGGUACCUACAAAACCGAGAAGCAACGGAAGGAUGAAGCCCAGCAAAAGCUUCGUUUGCAGCAGAUGCUCGAGUCUGGUGUCAAGGUUGCUGGCAUUGAAGGCGAAACGGAGCCCAAGAAGCCGACCAAGAAGGACUUGCGCAAAAAGGAUCCUCGCAAGGAAGCCGAAGAACGUAAGGCUCAGCAAGCCCGCGAGGAAGAAGAGGCCCGGAAGAAGUUGGAGGAGCUGAAACUCAAGGAGGAGCAGGAGAAGCUGGCUGCCGAGGAGGCCGAGAAGGCAAGACUGGACGCCGAAGCCAAGAAGAAUGAGGAUGUUGAAGACGACCUCGACGACUGGGAGGCUAUGGCCGAGAAGGAUGAGGAUGGUGUCAAGGAUAGCUGGGAUGCCGAGUCGGAAGAAGAAGGAGCUGUCAACGGCAAGCCUACUCAGAACGGUACUAACGGUGCCAAAGCGGAUGCGAAGAAGUCGAAUGCCGAAGACGACGACGAGUCUGAGGAGGAUUCUGAAGAUGAGUCUGAUUCAGACGAAGAACAGACUGUUGCUCAGAGGCAGGCUGCCAUGAGACGCCAGCAGGCUGCCGACAAGCGGAAGCGCGAGGUUGAAGAGGCUCGCAAGGCUGCUUCAAAGGAUAACCUUCGCUCUCCCAUCUGCUGUAUUCUCGGCCACGUCGAUACCGGUAAAACGAAGCUUCUCGACAAGAUUCGACAGACCAACGUCCAGGAAGGCGAAGCUGGUGGUAUCACGCAACAGAUUGGUGCUACCUACUUCCCUGUAGAGGCCCUGCAGAAGAAGACUGCCGUCGUCAACCAAGACGGUGCCUUCGAGUUCAAGAUUCCUGGAUUGCUGGUCAUUGACACGCCCGGUCACGAGUCUUUCACCAACCUCCGAUCUCGUGGAAGCUCGCUCUGUAACAUUGCCAUCCUGGUCGUUGAUAUUAUGCACGGUCUCGAGCCACAGACUUUGGAGUCCAUGCGCCUUCUGCGUGACCGCAAGACGCCUUUCAUCGUCGCCCUCAACAAGAUCGAUCGUCUUUACGGAUGGAAGCCCAUCAGUAACAAUGGCUUCCGUGAUUCACUGAACUUGCAAAAGUCCAGCGUCCAGUCUGAGUUCCGCGACCGAUUGGAGAAGACUAAGCUGGCGUUCAGUGAGCAAGGCUUCAACGCCGAGCUUUUCUACGAAAACAAGUCUAUGGCCAAGUAUGUGUCACUUGUGCCAACGUCAGCACACACUGGCGAGGGUAUUCCCGACAUGCUCAAGCUGCUCACCACUCUCACGCAAGAGCGUAUGACCAACCAGCUUAUGUACCUUUCCGAAGUUGAGUGUACCGUCUUGGAAGUCAAGGUCAUCGAAGGUCUUGGUACGACCAUCGACGUCGUCCUCUCCAACGGUAUCUUGAAUGAGGGCGAUAAGAUCGUGCUGUGCGGUACUGAAGGUCCCAUCACCACCGACAUUCGAGCCCUUCUUACUCCUGCCGAGAUGAAGGAACUUCGUGUCAAGUCUCAGUACGUCCACAACAAGACCGUCAAGGCUGCGCUCGGUGUCAAGAUUGCGGCGAACGGCCUCGACAACGCCAUUGCUGGUUCGCGACUGCUCGUGGUCAAGGACAAGGAUGACGAGGAUGAGAUUGAGGAACUUGAAGAAGAUGUCAUGGGCGAUCUUGAGAACCUCAUGUCGAAGAUCUCGAAGUCUGGUCGUGGUGUCACGGUCCAGGCAUCUACUCUUGGUUCUCUCGAAGCCCUUCUCGAGUUCUUGCGGGUCAGCAAGAUUCCCGUGGCUAACAUCUCCAUCGGUCCUGUCCACAAGCGUGAUAUCAUCACCGCUUCGACGAUGCUGGAAAAGGCGAAGGAGUACGCCGUCAUGCUCUGCUUCGACGUCAAGGUCGACAAAGAUGCGCACGAGUUGGCUGACCAGAUGGGCGUCAAGAUAUUCACUGCUGAAAUCAUCUACCACUUGUUCGACGACUUCACCAAGCACAUGAAGGCGCUGAAUGAACAGAAGAAGGAAGAAAGCAAGAUGCUGGCUGUCUUCCCCUGCGUGCUUCGCCCAGUCGCCGUCUUCAACAAGAAGGACCCCAUCGUCGUCGGCGUCGAUGUCAUCGAAGGCAAUCUCCGCAUCAACACACCCAUCGCCGCCGUCAAACAGAACACCGUAACAGGAGCCAAGGAAGUCUUCACGCUCGGCCGUGUCACGGGUAUGGAGCGCGACCACAAACAACUGCCCAUCUGCAAGAAGGGCUCACCGUCCGUCGCCGUCAAGAUCGAAGGCUCCAACCAGCCCGGCUACGGUCGUCAGCUCGAGGAGAAGGACACGUUGUACUCGCACAUCAGCCGUGCGUCGAUUGAUACCCUGAAGGAGUUUUACCGCGAUGAGGUGGAGAAGGAUGAGUGGACUUUGAUUGCCAAGCACCUCAAGCCGUUGUUUGAUAUCAAUUAA